GGUGCAUUAAAGAAACAGAGAGCGCUUAGCUGAAAAACAGAAAAACGACAACAACCAACCGCGAGUGACGUCGUUUCGGGGAAGGGCGAUGGUGUUCGCAUCCAAUCCCUUAGCCCUAAGCGUUCCCGAACCCGCCUUCGAAUCCUGGCUUCGGGACUCCGGCUACCUCGAAGUCCUCGACCACAACACCUCCGCUACCACCACCACCUCCUCUUCCUCCUUCACUGGUGACCCCUCCACCUCCGCCGCCACCCCUGCUUCUGGAUUCUUCGUCUCCCUCUUCUCCCGCCUCGCCAUUCUCUUCUCUCUCCUCACACUCAACCCCCUCGCCAAGCUCGCCGCCGAAGACUUCGCCGGCGACACUCCGUCGUGGUCUCGCGCCUUCGUUGGCUUCUCCGGGUCUUACUCCUUCCCUUCUUCGUCCGCCCAGGCGCGAUUGAGGGUUCACGAGAACGUUAAGCGCUAUGCUCGUAACUAUGCUUAUUUGUUCAUCCUCUUCUUCGCUUGCGCCUUGUAUCAGAUGCCAAUUGCUCUUGUUGGGCUGAUAUCAUGUUUGGCAAUUUGGGAUUUCUUCAAGUAUUUCAAUGACAAAUGGCAAUUGGAUCAAUAUCCUAUAACUCGGCAGUGUUUGCUUCGCCUAGCCCAAUGCGUAACAGCAGUUAUUCUAAUUUAUUCCAAUGUCCAAGUGGCCCUCUUUUGUGCCUUAAGUGUCAGCUAUGCAAGCAUGAUUCUGCAUGCUGCAUUUAGGAAGUUGACCCCCGCAAAGCAAUUGCCGCCCGUCGGCAGGGGUAGGUGAUUGAUCAAUCAGAGAAAACAGCGAAGCACCCGCCUUCAUCAAGCACAUUUUACUCCGAUGAUUCAGUUGCAAGGGGCUUUGGCUCUGAUUAUAGAAGGAUUAUGCAAGUGCAGAAUUAGGGGGACAGUUAGUGUCUUAGGUUUUGGAUAGUGGGCCUUUUCCUCCCAAGUCCCAAGGAUAUGGGGCUCAGGGGCUCAGGGGCUCCUUAUAAUCAGCAGGUUGGCGCCUUUCAUGAGUCAGGAAUCCAUUUCCUACUUUCUUAUUAUUUAAUUUUGUAUAUUUUUAGUUUUUAAGUGCUAGACAAAUAAACUUAAAAGAAAUUUGGAAAUUUGGAAAUUUUGAUGUAUACAAGAACUUUGGCAUACUGAUAAGAUGAGAUCAUUUAUAUAUUUUAUUUGUAUU